UCUUUGUCUGUCGAGGAAAUGGGUUUGUAUGGGAUAUCGAGUUUCUUCCUUUUGACCUUUUUCGGCGGGAGGUGACGGGAAUUCGAGCUUCCGAGCUCGUUCCCGUUGCUGAUGCAUUUGCCCAGAAGGGGAAAUAGGAGAGAGAGAGAGAGAGAGAAGGGAGAAAAAUAUAAGGAGUUGGAAAGUCAAAUUUGUAGAGCCAAGCCAAGUCUACGUUCAACGCCUUACGUUUGCGCUUAUGUGUUUGAGAGAGAGGGAGAGAGGGAGAGGGAGAGGGGGGGAGUUAAACAAGAGAAUAUUUAUUCAAACCCAUGUCCGUGGCAGCAUUUUAAUCUGCUCUCGAGAAGGUUGAUGUGUCCUAGUUUAAAAGGCCUCCUCCUCCUCGUCCUCUCUCUCUCUCUCUCUCUCUCUCUCUCUGUGGUAGUUGUUACUGUUAUAUGCUGCAGCUUCUCUCCCUCCCUGUCCCUCUCUCUCCCCCUCUCUCAUAGCUCUUGUUCUUGUUUUUUUAUUUUUUUCCCAAUUUGCUUGGGAUCAGUAUUUGUUCAUCGGUUCAUUCAGUUUCUGGGUACUUUUGAGCUUCUGGGUCGGAGUUCUUUUCUGGUGCUGUGUUUAUCUGGAGCUAGAUCUGUCUUCGGUUUCGAGCGUUUACUCUGGAAUUUUUUAUUUUUAUUUUUUCGUGGAGGUGGUGACUUGAUCUUGGUUGGAAGAAGCUGUUUUCAAGAAGAAUCUUUAUCCUGUUAAUUGCGAAAUUUUCUUUUUGAGGUCUUCAAGAACUCAUUUCGAGUUCUGUUUCUAGUGAAUUUCCUCUGGAAUUUGGCGAAGGACUGUCGGACUGGGCUUUGUGCAGCCUGGAGAGCUGCAUUAUUUGCUGGGCAGGAUCAGAAUUUUCUUUUGGUUCUAGAGUUUCUCAAGUGUAGUAUCAAGUUGGGAUAGCGGUAGCUUCUCUAGCUGAAGGGAGGAGGUGGGAAGGAAAACAGAAAUCGAAUGGCUGGUGGAAGAAGAAGAAAGCUGCAUUUUAGCAAGAUCUACUCAUUUAGAUGUGGGAAGGCAUCUUUCGAGGAAGACCAUUCGCAAAUUGGGGGACCAGGAUUCUCUAGGGUAGUCCAUUGCAAUGAACCGGAUUGUUUUGAGGCCAAUAUUCACAAUUACACCGGCAACUAUGUCAGGAGCACAAAGUAUACACUUGCCACUUUCUUGCCCAAAUCCUUGUUUGAGCAGUUCAGGAGGGUGGCCAACUUUUACUUCCUGGUCUCAGGAGUCCUUGCCUUCACAUCCCUUGCGCCUUAUUCGGCCAGUAGUGCCAUCAUUCCUCUUGUCCUUGUUGUUGGCGCCACCAUGGUUAAGGAAGGUAUAGAAGAUUGGCGGCGGAAACAGCAGGAUACUGAGAUUAACAAUAGAAAAGUCAAAGUUCACCGGCAAAACGGAGUUUUUGACUACACUGAGUGGAAGAAUCUGAGAGUAGGAGACAUAGUGAAGGUAGAGAAGGAUGAAUUCUUUCCAGCCGAUCUCCUCUUGCUAUCAUCUAGUUAUGAAGACGCUAUCUGCUAUGUUGAGACCAUGAACCUUGAUGGUGAGACAAACUUGAAAGUAAAACAAGCAUUGGAGGUAGUAACCUUACGUUUGCAUGAGGACACAGACUUCCGGGACUUCCGAGCAACUGUGAAAUGUGAAGACCCAAAUGCAAAUCUAUAUUCGUUCGUUGGAAGUAUGGAAUUUGAAGAGCAACAGUACCCCCUUUCUCCUCAACAGCUUCUUCUUAGGGAUUCGAAGCUGCGAAACACGGAUUUUAUAUACGGGGCAGUUAUCUUCACAGGGCACGACACGAAGGUUAUACAAAACUCCACUGAACCACCUUCAAAGAGAAGCAAAAUCGAGAGAAAGAUGGACAAAAUCAUCUACUUCUUGUUCUUCAUUCUAUUCUUGAUGGCUUUUGUUGGGUCCAUUUUCUUUGGCAUAUAUACAAAAGAAGAUCUGCAAAAUGGGAAAAUGAAGAGGUGGUAUCUUAGGCCGGACAGUUCGACAAUUUACUUUGACCCUAAGAAAGCGCCAGUUGCUGCCAUCUAUCAUUUCCUGACUGCACUGAUGUUGUACAGCUACUUCAUUCCAAUUUCACUGUAUGUGUCCAUAGAAAUUGUCAAAGUUCUUCAGAGCAUCUUCAUCAACCAGGAUAUUCACAUGUACUAUGAAGAAGCUGAUAAACCAGCGCAUGCCCGUACAUCGAAUCUGAAUGAGGAACUUGGGCAAGUUGAUACAAUACUUUCUGAUAAGACGGGAACUCUGACUUGCAACUCGAUGGAGUUUGUCAAGUGUUCAAUAGCUGGGACGGCCUAUGGACGUGGUGUCACUGAGGUUGAGAGGGCUAUUGGUAGGAGGAAGGGUUUUCCAGUGGCUCAUGGGAAAGAGAAUGGUGAUGACCAAUUUGAGCACUCAGCUGAUCCAAAGCCAUUGAUUAAGGGAUUCAACUUUAGUGAUGAGCGAAUUAUGAAUGCAAAUUGGGUGAAGGAGCCUCAUGCAGAUGUUAUUCAUAAGUUCUUUUGUGUGCUGGCACUUUGUCAUACUGCUAUACCCGAAGUGGAUGAAGAGACAGGAAAGGUAUCUUACGAAGCUGAAUCGCCUGAUGAAGCAGCUUUUGUCAUUGCCGCCAGAGAAAUUGGUUUUGAGUUUUACAAGAGAACACAAAUGAGUAUUUCAUUGCGUGAGCUGGAUGUGGUAACUGGGCAGAAAGUUGAAAGGGUGUGCCAGCUUUUGAAUGUUCUAGAAUUCAACAGCUCAAGGAAGCGGAUGUCAGUGAUUGUGAGAAAUGAGGAUGGAAAGCUACUAUUAUUGUGUAAAGGGGCCGACAGUGUCAUGUUUGAAAGGCUAUCAAAGAGUGGUCUGGACUUUGAAGAGAACACCAGGGAUCAUGUGAAUGAGUAUGCUGACACAGGCUUGAGGACAUUAAUACUUGCCUAUCGCGAACUUGGAGAAGAUGAGUACAGGGAGUUCAAUGAGAAAUUUAAUGAGGCCAAGAAUUUGGUUAGUGUAGAGCGUGACUCAUUAAUUGAAGAAGUGAUGGAGACAGUUGAGAAGGAUCUGAUUCUCCUUGGCGCCACUGCUGUUGAGGACAAGCUGCAGAAUGGGGUUCCUGACUGCAUCGACAAACUUGCUCAAGCUGGGAUCAAAAUAUGGGUUUUGACGGGAGAUAAGAUGGAGACAGCCAUCAAUAUUGGGUUUGCUUGUAGCUUAUUAAGACAAGGAAUGAAGCAAAUCAUAAUCACUCUGGAGAACCCUAAGAUUCAAGCAUUAGAAAAGGCAGGAGAGAAGACUGCACUAAGAAAGGAAUCGAAACAAAGUGUUCUUCAACGGAUAAAUGAUGGGAUGGCUCUGCUCAGACAAUCAAGUGGAAGCUCUGAAGCAUUUGCUUUGAUCAUUGAUGGAAAAUCACUUGCCUAUGCUUUGGAGGAUGAUGUUAAGGAUAAGUUUCUACAACUUGCAAUCGGUUGUGCAUCUGUUAUAUGCUGUCGUUCAUCACCAAAGCAAAAGGCCCUGGUGACAAGAUUGGUUAAAGCCGGAACUGGCAAAACGACAUUAGCAAUUGGUGAUGGUGCAAACGAUGUGGGAAUGCUCCAAGAAGCAGAUAUUGGUGUUGGAAUUAGUGGGGUUGAAGGAAUGCAGGCAGUCAUGUCCAGUGAUAUUGCCAUUGCUCAGUUCCGUUACUUAGAGCGCUUGCUUCUUGUGCAUGGACAUUGGUGUUAUAGGAGGAUCUCAACAAUGAUAUGCUACUUUUUCUACAAGAACAUUGCGUUCGGCUUCUCUCUCUUCUUGUAUGAAGCACAUACCUCUUUCUCUGCGCAACCUGCCUACAACGAUUGGUUUAUGUCGCUUUUCAAUGUCUUCUUCACAUCACUCCCUGUAAUUGCACUGGGAGUUUUUGAUCAGGAUGUAUCAGCACGGUUUUGUCUCAAGUUUCCUAUACUGUACCAAGAAGGAGUUCAAAAUAUGCUCUUCAGCUGGCGUCGAAUCCUUGGCUGGAUGUUCAACGGGUUCAUUAGUGCCAUCAUUGUCUUCUUCUUGUGCACAAAUGCCCUGGAGCCCCAGGCAUUUAUCAAUGAUGGGAAAAUUGUGGGGUUCGAAAUCUUAGGAGCUACAAUGUACACAUGUAUAGUGUGGGUUGUGAAUUUGCAGAUGGCGCUCGCCAUCAGCUACUUCACUCUAAUACAGCAUGUCUUCAUCUGGGGAUCCGUUGCCAUCUGGUAUCUCUUCCUUUUGGCGUAUGGAGCCUUACCACCUAAGCUAUCAACCAAUGCUUACCAAGUCUUCGUUGAAGCGCUUGCCCCUGCACCUUCCUUUUGGCUGGUCACAAUCUUUGUGAUGAUCUCCGCCCUGAUCCCUUACUUUUCGUUCUCAGCAAUUCAGAUGCGGUUCUUUCCCAUGUACCAUGGAAUGAUACAGUGGAUAAGGCACGAAGGUCGAACAGAUGAUAUAGAGUACUGCAACGUGGUGCGGCAGAGAUCAUUGCGGCCGACAACAGUUGGUCACACUGCACGUCUAGCCGCAAAAUCUAGUCGUGUGCAAGAUGGAAAUCAUAGCAGAUGACUAGCCACCGUUACAUCUUGGGUAGCUAAAGAUUAGGAUUUGGCAGACUGAUGACCGGGAGUUCAAAUACAAAACUCGCCCACUGUAGAUGAGUUUCACAGGAAAUAUAUGUUGAUUAAAUUGGCCUCCUUCAAAGCAGACCUUUGCCCUCGAUAUCACAAUAAAGAUGUAUAGAAACACGGUUUGGUUGUACAUUGUGAAAUAGGCUGUACAUUGUGAAUUUUUUGGGGUGCAGCCUCCUGUAUCAUCGCCAAAAUGUAUGUAGCACCAGAGAGUAUUCAUUGUAGGUGUGAAUAGUGUACAGAACAUCUUAUAUGAUUAUCCAGAGGUAGUCUUUCAUUUCUC